CGGAAGUUGGGUCCCGGGUCGAAAGUUAACACGUCCGGUGGUCCUAGAUAUGUAUCGUUCGGAAAAAAUUCUUAGAUUCAUUUGCCCUCACUUGCUCUACUUCAAGAGUAGGAGGAGAUACAGCCUCAGCAAAAAGUCAGUGAAGGACGGGGAAUUUGAGAUCUUGCUCAAAAUCAUCAAGUUGACUGGUGACAAGAUUUGGUCCCUUUUAGAGCAGCUUCGUGAUCCAGAAAUCCACGCUACUAUCCGAUGAAAAAUCUCUGCUCUAAGGACGGACGAAGCGUACCUGGAUGACGGCGAGAAA